CCCACCCCCACCCCCCCCGCACCCCACGAGAUGGCGGCGGCCGGAGGGGGCUCCGCCGGCCGGGGGUGCUGAUCCGGCCUCCCCCCCCCCCCCCCCCCCCGCCGCCCUGCCCAUGGGCGAGACAUGGACUACGAGUUCAAGUCGAAGCUGGCGGCCGAGCGCGAGCGGGUGGAGGACCUCUUCGAGUACGAGGGCUGCAAAGUGGGCAGGGGCACCUACGGGCACGUCUACAAGGCCCGCCGCAAGGACGGAAAAGAUGAAAAGGAGUAUGCACUGAAGCAAAUUGAAGGUACAGGGAUAUCCAUGUCGGCCUGUAGAGAGAUUGCACUUUUACGAGAGUUGAAGCACCCUAACGUGAUUGCGUUACAGAAGGUUUUCCUUUCUCACAGUGACAGAAAGGUUUGGCUGCUGUUUGAUUAUGCUGAGCAUGACUUUGGGUAACAUAUUAUCAAGUUUCACCGUGCCUCAAAAGCAAACAAAAAGCCCAUGCAGUUGCCAAGAUCUAUGGUUAAAUCACUACUCUACCAGAUCCUUGAUGGAAUCCAUUACCUCCAUGCAAACUGGGUGCUUCAUAGAGAUCUGAAACCAGCAAACAUUCUGGUAAUGGGUGAAGGUCCUGAAAGAGGAAGAGUCAAAAUAGCUGACAUGGGUUUUGCCAGAUUGUUCAACUCACCUUUGAAGCCAUUGGCAGACUUGGAUCCAGUUGUGGUGACAUUCUGGUACAGAGCUCCAGAGCUGCUACUUGGAGCCAGACAUUACACAAAGGCUAUUGAUAUUUGGGCAAUUGGCUGCAUAUUUGCUGAACUAUUGACAUCGGAACCUAUAUUUCACUGUCGUCAGGAGGACAUCAAAACAAGUAAUCCCUUUCAUCACGAUCAGCUAGAUCGCAUUUUCAGCGUAAUGGGGUUCCCUGCAGAUAAAGAUUGGGAAGACAUAAGAAAGAUGCCAGAAUAUCCAACUCUUCAGAAAGAUUUUAGGAGAACAACAUAUGCCAAUAGUAGCCUCAUAAAAUACAUGGAGAAACACAAAGUCAAGCCUGACAGCAAAGUUUUUCUUUUGCUUCAGAAACUUCUUACUAUGGACCCUACAAAGAGAAUUACCUCAGAGCAGGCUUUGCAGGACCCUUACUUCCAAGAGGAUCCUCUGCCUACAUCAGAUGUAUUUGCUGGCUGUCAGAUUCCGUAUCCUAAACGAGAAUUCCUUAAUGAAGAUGAACCUGAAGAGAAAGGGGAUAAGAAUCAGCAGCAGCAGAACCAACAUCAGCAGCAAACAGCACCUCAGCAGCAGCCGCAGGCCGCGCCGCAGCCGCCGCAGCAGCAGCAGCAAAACAGCACCCAAACCAACGGGACGGCCGGGGGCGCGGGCGCGGGCGCCGGGGGCGCAGGCGCAGGACUCCAGCACAGCCAGGACUCCAGCCUCAACCAGGUGCCUCCAAACAAGAAACCACGCAUAGGGCCUUCAGGCGCUAACUCAGGCGGGCCUGUCAUGCCUUCAGAUUAUCAGCACUCCAGCUCACGCCUGAGUUACCAAAGCAACAUUCAGGGAUCUUCUCAGUCCCAGAGUACAAUGGGCUAUUCCACAUCAUCUCAGCAGAGCUCUCAGUAUCAUCAAUCUCACCAGUCUCACAGGUACUGAGAGGUUUAAGAGACUGCACUCAAAAAAAGAAUGGACUAAAAGCCAGAAGACUCCAGCAAUAUGAAGUUCAUAACGAUGAGAAGAACCAAAAACACAAACUAUGAUGCAGAAUUAAAAUUCACAAUUGCAAAAGGAAAACUUUACUUACUGAAGACUUUUUUUUUUCCUGCCCCUUUAUUGCCAUAAAGGAGAUUCUCGUGAAGUUUUCCUUCCUCCCUCCCUUGCAUGUGCUCCAUUGUGGUUACUCUAAUGAACCCUUCUGAUCUGAACCCAGCACUUAACUUCUUUAACCUUUGGAAUUUUGAAGGAUUCCUGGUGCACCUUCCUUAUGCUGUAGUGAUUGCCAUAAAUCUGUCUUUUCAAUCUCUUUGAUGGGAUUUUAAAGUUUUAAAAUCUUGAACUCCCAGGCUUUCAAGCUUGUAUAUAGUUAGUUUUAUACUAGGCAAACCAGUUUAGCUAUACAGGUAUAUUGCACCUUUUUAAAGCACUAUGUUAUUUUCACAGGAUAUUACUGUUUUGCUCAUGGAUGUCAAGAACAGCAAAAUUUUACUGUUCCAGAGUAUUUUACUAUUCUGUUUUUAUUAGUCUAGUUUUCAGGCGAGGUCUUAAAAAAAAUAAAAAUUAAAAAAGAAAAAGAAAAAAAAGAAAAAGGAAAAAGGAAAAAAAACAACCCAAGUCUCUGCAGCGACAAAUAUGCUUCUUGCUACUGGACUGAACACCAAACAGAAGAUUGCUGAUAUUUCUUAACUCAUUCACAUUGAAUUCUUGAAAUCACAGUGAUCAUGCUCUGACUAGUUUUAAAUUAAGCGGUUUUAAAUAAGACCAUGACAGUCACAGAAAAAGGAGAUGCUUUCAGGAUUUGUUGGAACAGAAGAAUGGAAUGUCUUCCCAGGCUGGACACCAAAAUAGUCAGGAAAAUGUAUUUACUGCCCUCCAAUUUCAGUAGGAAUGUGGUUGGUGGCUUGUUUUUCUGUUAAGCAGCUGAUUAAUGUAUGCGAGAGUUCUGUAAACUUAGCUUCUCUUUCACAUUCCUGAGUGUGACAGAAAUACUAAGACUUAUAAAAACAAAUACAUUUAAUCAUUUUAUGUUAGAAUUAAUAAUUAAGAGAAAUUAUUGUGCAGUUUGAGAAGCAUGUUAAAAAUUCUUCCUUUUUCAUGUUUGUAAUGCAUACUCUAUGUCCCUCACAUUGCUGUGAUUAACCCAGAUUAGUUACACCAGAUGCGCUUGAUUGCACUGAAAUGUUUCUUUUUCCCCAGAGCAAACAUGUUUUGAUUGUGCCUAAGGACUGUAAGUGGAUGGGUAGCUGGCAGAAAAUCCCCAGUAACUAAGCAGAGUUCAGAAGCAUAAUCAGAGGAUCAUUGUCCAACUUCUGUAACCACAGUUAUUCGGAGAGACACAACAUAUAAUUUGGGACAGCUUCGUUUUUCCUUCAGCCUUCAGAAAUAAGGCUGAUUCUUGUUGCAGAAAACCUGGAAAAAAAUAUUAAUGAGGUUAGAAAGCUACCAGCAAUGUAACGUCGGUGAGCUUCUAAAAUUGGUGUUCAGAGAAGAGGUACAGUUGAGAUGAGUUUAUAUGUAAACAGUCAAUGUUACAAUCAUAUAUACCGUGUUCUCCUCUGUCCUGUACCCAUACAAAAAAAAGAAAAUAUUGUAUAUACCUGCACACGUUCACACUGAAGUUGUGAUCAGACCCAGCAAAAUGCUGUUGGAUCUGUUUGCUGUCAGGAGAAUGCUUUUUAUCACAGCUAGACUGGAACUUAAUUUUACUGGGUUUGAUCUCCUGAUCACCUUUAGUGCCCCUUUCCCUAUCGAAAAUGUUGUUCUCAUGCUUUUUUGUGAGCUGUUGGCUUAGUUUGGACAUAUCUACCAUCAUGUGGUUUCGACCACACCCAGCUUCUCGAGAAGAGUGACCAAAACCUGCUUUUGUCAUCAAAUAGGUAAGAAGGUGGUGAAAAGCAAAUGAAGCAAUUUGAAAGAAAAAUAAUCACAUUUGUUUUCCGGGGAAAAAUGGUCUCCCAGAGGAUACCUCUAACGUGUAGUCCUUGAAAUGCUACAUGUACCCCAGUAACCUGUUUGGAAGGACAGAUGUUAAUUGUUUAUUUCAUUGCAGUGAAUCUGGGGUUACAUUCUUCCUGUAAAUCGAAUGUCCCACCUCUUACUGAUGUUAGUGUGAGGUACCUUGAGCUACUGGACGUUUGCUCAAUGCCAUGAAGCAUCAUUUUUUUUAUAUAUUUGUGAAAUGAAUUUCACAUUUCUGGAAGUUAACCCAUGGCAGAGUAAUUGUUGUCCCCUCCUGUUCUUCUCAGCCUUCAGUUUGCCCCAGAUCCUUUUGUCUCUUCCUGACGUUUCUUUUCCCUGCUGUGACCUGAGGCUGACGAUCAGCAUUCGCGUAGUGGCGGGGAGACACGUUACUGUGUGGUUACGCUGGGCUCUGGUGCCAACAAGGCAAAAUCAUGGUGUAGAUGAAUCUGUGUGUAGUGCGAAACCUCCCAGCACUGUAAGGUCCUUCAGUUGAGUGAGCUUCCAGCUUCUAGAGCAACUGCCAUGCCCUGUGUCCAAGCUGAACGGAUAUUUCUGCAUCUGCUAGACCAGACAGAUGGACCCUGCCCAGUCCCCUCUAGAUUCUGUGCACACAUGCGGAGCUGAGCUGACUCCUGUUGCCUUCAAAGUAACGACCGAAAGGAGAGUGAGCAAAAGCAAAGGCGUCUGCUGGAAAGUGUAAGCUGUGCACGCUCCUCUAGCUUUUCUGUCUUCUGGUAGGGAAAUAAUUUGCCUUUUCUUGUGAGCUUGCUGUGCAUUUUUGGGGUGAUGGCAGUCAUUGUGAAAGAAGCCUUGCUUUUCAGGGGUAAUUUCUUGAGGUUUUAGAAAGUGAACUGUGUGUGUGUCAUGGGAAGCCAGGACCACGUCACUUUUAUACUAGUUUCUGCCUGUGCAGUUUGGCUAGUACUCCCAGCUUUGCCUUUGCCCAUAAGCUCUAUCCCCACGGCAGUGUUUCACACUGGUACGUGGAGAGGCGAGGGACACCAGCAGAGGUGGUCGCUCCUUUUUGUGUGCAGGGGGGACAGAGCAGGCUGCUGAACUGCACGGUGAAGGAGAAGUGAAAGGAAAGCUGCGAGUCCUGCACUGUAUCUGUGACACUGUACCUGGGGAGGGGGAGGGAAGAGCAUCCUUAGCGGGAGGGGUGGCGGGAAGCUAGAAGUGUUCACAUAUGUAUAAUAUUUUAUAUGAACAUAAUAAGCUUAGUUCCCCUUCGUAAUCUCCAGGAAUGGUACUUUAACACCAUUAAGCAAAGAAUUGUUUUAGGAUUAAAUAAAUGUAUUGUACAUAAGGCCAUACGUAAUCUUCUAAAAAAAAAUGUCGCCAGACAGGAGCGAUGCGUAUUACUAUAUGAAAAGAAGUCCUUAAUGCACUGUUAUCUCCUAAAUAUUUAGUAGUAAAUUAAUACUAUUUAAUUUUUUUAAAAAUUUGUCUUGUGUAGACACUAAAAAGUAUUACACAAAAUGUGGACAGAACAUGUCCUUUUUAACAGCAAUUUAAAGAACUUUUUAUAUAUGUAAGGUAGUAUACUUUUCAAAUUGUUCUAGUUGUAUUUUCCCAUGUUUACUAUUUGUGGAAGUGUGCCUGUCUCUACUCAGUUAUAUUUUUUUCUAAUAAUUUCAUGCAAGCAUCUUUCAUUUUUGUAGUUUUCAUUAGGAAUUAUUGUGUAUGCGCCUCAUGCUGCCACAAAACGUUGCCGCUUCAGAUCGAUGGUGGCCACAUUCAGCGAUGCCCAUGCCGAUGGGUUAGCAAAACCACAAAGCGAAAUACUUUUCUCAUUCUAGAGUUAAGAGUUUACUGCUUUUAAGUUGUCCUGAUGUCACUCUCAAAAUGACUGUUAAAACUAAACUAUGAGUUCAUUGCAUUUAUUUUAUAUUCUUGGUUGUAAUGAAAUGGAAUUGACUUUGCUUCAGUGUGAAUUUUUUUAAUAAAAUAAUAUACAUUUGUAAUAAUAAUAAAAAG